CCGCCCAUGGAGAGGCCCCCCCCCCACUGUCCCCAGGAGUCGCGGGGACUCGCCCUCAGCAGAGCGGGGUCUAUGACCUGGGACGGGCAGGUCCGGCACUGCCCAGCAGGGGGCGGCGCAGCUCUGGGAGCGGGACCCAGGACAGCGGAGUUCGGAUUGGAGCCAGAGCAGGAAAUUCAGCACCUUGCUGGAUCUCCGACCCCGGACCAAGAUGACAAGCUGCGGCCUCCUGAACAGUUCCAACAAGCCGGUGCCCCUGCGCAGCUGCUCGGUGACGGUGCUGAUCCGAGGCUUCGUGGCAGAUGUGGGCUGCGAGCUGCUAUACAGGAACAAGGAGCCGGGGCCAGUGGAGGCCGUGUUCCUGUUCCCCGUGGACUCUGAGGCGGCCGUCUAUGCCUUCCAGGCCCGCCUCGGGGGCACCUGCAUCCAGGCCCAGCUCCGUGAGAAGAAACAGGCACAAGAGCUGUACGGGGAUGCGCUGGCCGGGGGGCAGAGCUCGUUCUUGCUGCAGCAGGAGGGGACUGGAGGCGACGUUUUCAGCUGCUCCCUGGGUAACCUGCCCCCUGGGGAGGAGGCGGCGCUGACCCUGCGCUACGUCUGCGAGCUGCCGCUGGAGCCCGAUGGAGCCGCCCGCUACAUGCUGCCAGCCGUGCUGCGCCCCCGCUACACGCCCCAUGGGUGGGAUGGGGAGGACGUCACCCAGGGGGUCCCGCGAGUCCCCCAGGGGGAGCUGCCCUACACCCUGAGCCUGAGCGCCACGCUGCAGUCGCCCCACAGCAUCGACCGCGUGCUCUCCAACUGCUCCCUCACCCCCCUGAGCUACAUGGCUGGGAACCGGACCACCGCCCAGGUAAGGGCUCACCUGGACACCUGGGUCUCGGCUAUCCCCACUGGGAGGGGCA